AUGAUGAAUUCUAUCAAUACAAACUCGAAGAGAACUAAUCAAAUUUCACCUUCAUCUAGUCAACGUUUAAAAAUCGGUGUAUGGAUUUGUCUUCUAUUAUUACUCAUAUUAAUCAUCUUGAUUGCGACAUUAGUUCCUAUUGUUAUUUUAGUACAUAUGAGCACUUCAACUACAACAAUAAUGGCGGCCUUAAUCGACUCGACACAAACUACCACAACUGCUACGUCGUUUACAUGGAAUCAGUCGAUUGAUGGCAAGACAGUUACAUGUAAUGCUGUUAAUAAUUCAAAUCCAGCAUAUACAGACUGCAUCGAGCUUCGAAUUGAUGGUUAUUAUUUUCCGAAUGAUGUCGGUUGUUUAUCCCAAUGGAGUACAGCAAUUGCAUCACAAUGGGAUCCUUUAGAAUUUUGUCGCCAAGUGACUGGUUUAUCUAUAACUAAUGCAUCGAUUUUCUAUGAAUGUGAUGCAAAUCAACGACGUAUUGUUUGGAUUGCGAAGACUUGGUCAUUCGUUGAAGAUAUGCGAUAUAGUCGUCAUUUAAGGUGUUAUUUUUGA